UGAGUUGCCGGAUGUGGGGAGGACGCUGUGGACCCCAGUGCCGCCAGGAUGCCUCCACACUGACUCGGUGGCUGAUGGUUGAAAAGCCGGCAUGGAGACAGCAGCUGCCUGCUGAAACGUGCUCCGUGUGUGUUGUGAUGGAGGAGCUCUGGCCCAUGCUGGCAGAGGCUGGUGAAGGGCACACGGGCUGUUUAGUAAUGUUUGGGAAUAAAGAGGUGUGGGUCCCUGGCGUGAGCAGAUCCCAUGGCCAAGCACCUGGAAGAAUCCAAGAGAGAGCAGAAUCAAGGAGAAUGCACGUUCAGGAAGGAAGGACCGGCGGCCAGGCAGCCUAGUGGAUGGAGCAGGUCUGCCUGAGGACAGGGAGGCCCCGUGUGCCUAGCACAGGAGACAGAACCUGGCAGUCAGCGUGCCCAGUAGACAGUGGAAAAAAGUGCUUGCAAGUGAAGCUGGGGUGGGCUGCCUGUGUAGGGACACUAACUGCAGUCAGCCCCUGUUUGGUAGGGGAUGAAGAGGAGGGACUGUUGGGAAGGGCGGUGGCCUCUGGGCUGGAUGCUGGCAACAGGGAUCUGGGACCCAGAUGAGGAUGUCUGGUGGGAACUGCUUUAUAGCUAAGUCAGCAACCCUCAUGUCUUAGGCCUGGCACGGCCAGCCUAGGCCAUUGAGUCCAGCUCCCCUUUCAGGGACAUGGCCACCCGAGUCUGCACACAUGCGUCCCCAGUGCAGGCAUGGCCCCUGAGCUGCUCAGGCAGGGCCCGUGCUGCCUAGGGAUGACUCCCCUAAACAGAGCUCACUGUCUCCUGGGUUCUGAUGGCUGUUGUGAGGCAGCUCAGUAAGGGACAGGACGCAGGGCAGGGAGGGAAGGGGAAGGCUGAAUUCAGGACUUCGGCUGACAAGAAACCACAGAAAUGAAUCCUUAGUAGCCAGGCUAAGGACACAGAAUGGGGCAGGACAGGGGUGGGGCGGGCCGCUAUUUCCUGGAGCCUUUGCUGGAGAGAACAGAGGGCAGGUCACACUGGACUUGCUGUCUCAGGAAGGAGCCUUCAGGGAGAAAACAUGGCAUCUUGCUCCAGUAGCCAUGAUACCACGAGUGGAGGAGGGGGUCCCCCAGGUAUGGGUCUUCCUCCUUGCUCUCUACCCUCUGCCCCCAGGAUCAGUGAAGUGGAGCCCAAAUACUAUGCAGAUGGGGAGGACGCCUAUGCCAUGAAGCGAGACCUCACUCAGAUGGCCGACGAGCUGAGGCGGCACCUGGAGCUGAAGGAGAAGGGCAGGCACGUGGUGCUGGGUGCCAUCGAGAACAAGGUGGAGAGCAAAGGCAAUUCACCUCCGAGCUCAGGAGAGGCCUGUCGCGAGGAGAAGGGCCUGGCUGCCGAGGAUAGUGGUGGGGACAGCAAGGACCUCAGCGAGGUCAGCGAGACCACAGAGAGCACAGAUGUCAAGGACAGCUCAGAGGCCUCUGACUCGGCCUCCUAGAGCCUGCCCCAUCCCUUCCUCACCCCACGAGCUUUUACAAUAAAUUCGCUCCGUGGCACCGGGGAA